GAACAAACAACUCGUGGCGCUGAUUGUGGCGUAGAUUAGAAAUCUUACUCAGUAACAGAAGAAAAAAAAACGAUUCUCACCGAAUUCACCUUUGUAGCGUUGGAUAAUAACAGCAUGCAACUUUUAAUGUAAUCAAUUCAUCGCGAGGGAAUUAAUGUGAUGCAAGAUCUCCGCUCAUUUCCUCAUACAUGUAUCUUCUUUAUGUAUUUCUUAUAUUAUUCUUCCGAUUUUCUAUUUUUUUCAGCUACGGUUGCGAUCAUUGGAUGCUAACUAAGCGCUUCUCUGGGUCAUCCACAGCAGCGGCGCAUCCACAAUGGUUCGGCCUUUUCACCUUGGGGUUACAGCGAGCCACAGGGUACUUGACCCAUCAAUGCAUGGCCUGGAAUUUAUAAGAGACAUCAUUGGCCACUGGGUGUCUGGUCUUGACAUCACACACUUAGGGUCUCUUGCUGCGUGCGUCGGUGCGGCUCCCGCAGUAUGGAGAUUUUUGAGGACAGCUUGGCAUGAAGCCUACGGUUGGAUCCGCCAGUUCUUCAUCUCUUCCAUAACAAUACCUGCUCAUGACCCGCUCAACCGACAUGUGACGAAUUGGAUCAUAGCCAACGUUGUACAAUUUCGCAGCAUCCGGUCUUUCACAGCCCGCACUCAGAUUCAAGCCACGAGGCAAGCCGAGUUAUUUAAAAAGACCCGCUGGGAUAUACAAUACCUUCCUCAUUUCGGAACGACCUGGUUCUGGCAUGAUGGCAACUUGUUCGUGGUAAGACGACCACUCGACAGCUUUAAGACGUCUACGUCCAAUUCCAGCUACGAUGGCGUCGGAGGGGAAGAACUCACAAUCGGCUGUCUUGGACUAUCGACAGAGGCUAUCAAAAGAUUAAUCCAGACAUGCCAAGAAUAUGCGGACGACCAAGCGCAAUACUAUGUCAUAAUAUACUCGCGAUAUAGGAUGUCCUGGCAACCAAAGUCCCGAAAGCCAAUUCGCCGACUAGAAACAGUUCACUUUGACGAUAAACUCAAGCAUGAGCUCCUUACUGAUAUCCGGAAUUAUCUUGACCCCAACACAAAGAGAUUAUAUCUCAGCCGAUCCAUGCCAUAUCGAAGGGGUUACUUAUUUUACGGACCACCUGGUACGGGAAAGUCAUCACUUUCGACUGCUCUAGCUGGUGAAUUUGGUCUCGAUUUGUACGAAGUCAAGAUCCCGAGCGUAGCGACUGAUCAGGAUCUGGAACAGAUGUUUCAGGAGGUACCACCCCAAUGUAUUGUACUUUUAGAGGAUAUCGAUGCGAUUUGGACGAAACGCGAGUCGCCGGAUAAUGAGCAACAUAACGAAAUCAUAUCGAAUUGUACCCUUUCAGGUUUACUUAAUGUUUUAGAUGGCGUGGGGUCUCCAGAAGGUCGUAUUGUUAUCAUGACAACGAAUAAACCGGAACGGCUCGAUAGUGCCUUGGUACGGCCUGGUCGCGUCGAUAUGAAAGUUAUGCUAGGAAACAUUAGCCAGAAGUCAGCCGAAGAGAUGUUCCUCCGCAUGUUCGCACUAGACAUCAGCACUCCUCCGUUACCGACUUCGAGAAAAGAUGUUGGCGAGAAAAAGGAGGAAGAUCCACAAAUGGAUCGUGAAGAACUGCAGCGACUUGCUUUAGAGUUUUCGUGCCAAAUCCCGGAAGAUACAUUUACGCCUUCGCAAUUACAAGGCUUUUUCCAGUUAUACUUAGAUAAUCCCGUCGAGGCUGUAUCGAAUGUGUCCGCAUGGGUGGAAAGAGGACUAUCCGGCAUGUCGUCCGAUGACGAGAUUGAAAUCGUCGGCAACGGACAUGCUCGAUAAGCUACAGAUAUGGGUGUACCAUAGGUGGAUAGCUAAAGGAUGGGAUGCAUUAUAAAAUUGUACUUUAGGGUUUCCGCAUUGGGAUAAACAGGACUGGAGUUUGGAGAAAAGGUUGGAUAGAUUCGUGAACAAUGUAUUUGGACUAGAAGCAUUAAGGUAUCAGCAUGCAUUUGACAGGAGUUUAGACCUAGGGACCUAGAUUCUAUUAGAAGUCGCUUCGGGGCCGGCAGGUUUAGACGUGCCAAGCAAUGCCUACCGUCGGUCGCAUGCCCCAUGUAAAUUCCUCGAUAUGGCAUGAGAGUUUAUUUGCAAUCCUAAUGUGCGCUUAUACCUACCCGACAUCAAGUUUCCAAUGUACUUAUUCAAGAAAAGCUGGAUUAUAUCUUGACGUGCUCUGCUCGUGUUGCUGG